UUUCAGUUUCAAGUUGGCUUAAUCUGAUUCGAAACUGCUCCUGAAGGAAAAUGCCAUUUUAAAGGAGGGCCCACCUUAUCAUUUUGUUUGUCUCAGUUCUGUUAUACUCUUCAGCAUUUAUAAAGAAUUUAGUUAAACGAACAGGAAACUGUCUUAGAUUAUAUGCUGGUUAUAAUCUACUGCUCUAAGCAGGUAUAAAUAAACUAAAGCUUAGAUUCCAGUUGUUGUUUUUUUACUGUAAAUAUCACUUCCUCUUGGUAACUGAGAUCAUAAUGGCUGAUAUACUGCCAUACCAACCAGUUUCAACGGUAUUAUUGUUUUUUUAUCAUUUCCAAUAGGAUGCACUGCCGAAGUUGAGCCGGUUGCUUACUUGAAGAUUCUAUAUUUUGAAAGUAUGAAUAAGGAAAAUACCCAAACUGUUAUAGAACAGAUAGCCUAAUUAACUUCCUCAUUCUACUAAGAAUAGUUACAAUAAGCCACAUUAAACCGAUCCCUGUCCUCAUACGUUUUCGAAAAAGCUCACGCUUCACAUCGCCAGAGAGGUUAUGUCUUAUAUAUUUUUCCUAAAGGCAAUGCAGGAAAAAAAAAGACAUACGAGACAUGAACCGCAGGCGCAAACUAGCUUCGCCACGCCAUAGCUCCAGCAGCAGCAGCAGCAGUUUGGUCUACACUUUCAAGAUGGACGCUUUAAGCUCAAUAGGUUUCUGUUUCUUUUUCGUCGCGUAGAGCCCAUAUGUUGGUUGCCCACGCCAGGAACCUCGCGGGGAGACACAUGUAGUAGCGUAGCUAAGCGACUGUGUCAUUUGGAAAGCGGAAGAAGUGAAUUUAAUGUGGACAUUUCUGCUCCUUCGUGUUUGGACCGAGGGGGUAUUUUGUAACUUCCUGGUUGUCGCGUGAACAUGCCAGUUGGAAGUGAAGCGACAGCGCGAGGGACUCUGAGAGCGUCGGACAUUUCGGGAUUAAUGGGAUUUUAUCGGUCGUUUGUGAUGUUCAGAAACGGGGACAACUGGUUAAAACGACAAGCAAAGGGAGAAGGACAGAUUUCAUAAGCAAUGGAAAGUCGAAAUGGAGGAGCCUCAAGUGAAGGUUUUUUAAUACCUGUGUCGGAAUCGUCGGACGCCUUUCAGAGCAAUAUAUUGGCUCCACUUCAAAGUGCUUACUUGUACGAAGAGUCGCAGCAGUUUUUCAGAUACAAGUCUGCUGUGUUAGUCAAGAAUCCUGAUCUGGAGAACAAGUACAACGCAUUUCGAGCAGGUAAAACAAACGCAGGGUACUCAGAAGAUGAUCUCAAGGAAACAUACGGCUUUUUGUUGUUUGACGACGGUAGCAAGGCUAAUGCACUUGGACAAACUGGUGUAAUCUCUGGAAACAGCACAUGUACAACUUUGGGAGAUCCAGCAAAAGGUGUUUACAUAUCGAUGUACUCUGAUUGUUUGGAUAUAAACCGUUGGUAUCAUGGGAAAUCUGGAUACAUUGCCAUCAUCAGGCUGACAAAGGGUAAAGUUAAAAAGGUCGCAGAGAACUACACACAGAAUUUCACAGAGCCCACUGUGGGCUGUGACUGUCAUGUGUCGGACCAGUUGCCUUCUGUGUCUUCCAAAACCAGCUCCUUUCUUGCUUUUGAGAGAACUCAGUUUUACAUUUAUGAGCUGCUACAUGAUGGAAGCAGUGAAACAUCUCAGUCUCCCAGCGCUGCAUGUCCAUUUGCCAUUGUGUCAUUUUCAUAUAUGGAUACAAAAGCAUCACCCGUUACACUAGGGAAAAGUGAGGUGCAAAAACAGGUUCAUCACUACUUACCAUGGAGGGGUCAGCUUCAGAUACAGAACCAGAUUUACCAUAUUGACCUCAGAUCCACUGCUGUGGCCUUUAUUCCUGUACAACUACCGUCGGUGAUCAAGGUUAACCAAGCCAUUCACAUGUCAGUUCUGAGAAGCCUGUUGCCAAGAACUGUUUUUGAAACGAGCUAUACAGAGGAAGUCUUUUUGGACGGCUCGUACUGCGACUUGUGUGAGUUUGUAUCCUCUGAAGCAAACGAAGCCAGCUCAUUUGCUCUGCUGCUCUCAGAGAUCAAGGAGAAAGAUUUUGCUCUCAUCAUUCCUCUGAUUGAUGGAGGAUUUCUUAUCUUAAUGCACUCAUCGCACUUCCUCAGAUAUGAUGAUGCGGAGUCUGCUUCGGCAGAGGUCAUGAAAGGCCUCUUUGUGUUUCCUGACUCACGGUUUGUAAGGAGAGACACAAAAUUUCGAGAGAAAAACUGUCCCCUGUCAUCUGAAAUUCUACAUAUUCUACCAGUGCUAAGUUACGCCGAGGGCGAAGCUGAGAAAACGUCCAUGGAUCCAGAGGAUGAACUUUGUGAAGUUUUGACUGAACACAUGCAAAGUUAUGCCACUUUAAUAAAUCCAGGAUUUUCUUCAAGUCCUUCAAGACCUUCAAGGGAGCUAGGGAUGUUUCCAGAUCAAUAUGAUGUGGCUGAAGCGCACAGACAUCUCUAUUUGUCUCCUGAGUGGAAUAACAGAACUUGGGAAACCUUUAAGUCAUACAUGAGCAAACCAGACUCCUUCCAACUUCCAAUAGCUAAGGUUUCAGAGAUAUUGGCAUCAGGACAAGAGGAGCGAAGACAGGAGCUUGAUGAUGAUGUCUACAUCUGUCUGUCAUCGCCAGAGGAAGCGCAAAGUAGCCCAGUUUGCAUGGAAGCAGAAGACCAGUCACCGGAUGAGCAAUCGCUUUGUAAUAUUGGGGUUUCUAUGGAUAUUGAUUUUCCAAGUCCUGAAUUUCAAAUUGCUGCAAUACCCAUGUCUCAGAAUAUUGUGCGAGACAAUGUGCAGAGUGACAUUGUUACCAAAGAUGAUCCAACAUGCGCUCACCUCACUGAUCAAUCUAACAAAGCUGAUGAUCCAGGAGCUCAAGACCCACUAACUCCUCCAACAUCAGAGGAUCUUCCUGCAGAGUUCAUUGUCAGCAUAACCUCAGCAAAGCGAAAAGUUCCAGAUGAAGUAUCUACGUCCAAGCAUACUGACUUUAAUUUUUCUGGUCUUUCAACCAUGGCUAAGUUACGAACAGCAGAAGUAAACUCUGUCAUUGAUCUGUCUGACAAAGCAAAAAGGUGUUUGGAUUUCCCUAAGGUCACCAAUCACCAAAAGAGUACAAAGAGAAAGAAACGACGAAGAAUAUAUUCUGUGGUGAAAAAGAAGGUUUCUAGCUCUUCUGUCAAGACUCAUAGUUUAAAGACUGCUGUCUCCUCAGUUAAGGUUGAACAUUUAAACCGCGAGACACAGGAGCACAGUGAGGAAUUACAUUUUCCUCAGAUGAGAAGUUCAUUAAAACCGAAGUGGAAAAAACUUAACAGACGGAAGUGCAGAUUUGGUACACUGUCAUCAAAAAGUUACAAACUUAGAUCUGCUGUUGAUUCAGACAAAACUGAAGAGAUGAAACCAGAUGUAGGACUGGUGAGUUUCCAAGGGGAUAGUUUCUUAGAGGUCUUGCCUCUAAGAAAGAAAAUGGAGCGCUGGGACCUGAAGCCCGUCUUGAGUGAAUGUGGGAGGAUUUUGCUUCCUUUUGGCUCUGUAGAUUUUUCUGAUCAGGUUAAGUCUAUGCUGUGUACAAAAAAAGAUGAGUGCCCUGAAAAGGUCUCGCACGAUGUUCCUGUAACUCUUCCUGACCCAGUCACAAUGGAUAAGCAACUUGGCUCAGCUUCAGAGACAGCAGUUGCUGAAGCCACAUCCACAAGCACUGUUGAUGAUGAAAACCGUCAGCUUGAUCAUGAAGACAUUUUGACACCGCCCGUUGAUUAUAGUGGGCGAGUACCAUUGACUCCUAACUUUUGUUCUGUUUCUCCAACAAAUGACACAAAUAAUUUAGCAAAAACUACUGAAACCAAACAGCUUGAAAUCUUUUCUCCAGUCGAGCUUUCACCAAAAGGGAAACUCCUUCUUAGCAAACUAAAGUCGGUUCUUUCAAGACGAAAAAGAAAAUUAGACCUCCCCACCAAGCCACAAAAGAGGGAAGAUGUUGACCAAGAAAGUGACUUUUGUUUUAAGAGAAGCAAAGUGAACUCUGACACUGAGACACCCAGGGGUAAUAAUGCAACUCCUCAAAGUGUCAAUGUUUCAAAAAUGGCAUCGGUUGACCCCCUUUUUGCAUAUUGCUUAGGCUUGACUCCUAAACAGAAUCUAGAAAAUGUUCAAAAAACCAAGAAGGUGGAUGCUCUGCUGAGGAACGAUUCAACACAGAAAGAGGAACAUACCCCCUUGGACAAACAGCCACAAAUAAGUCUAAGGCCUCUAUCAAUUUUCCCAAGGAGAAGUAGAAUUAAGACUCUGAAAAGGCAUCAGGGCAUCUCUGCUGAAAACGUUAAAAAGAAAUGGUGGUUGCAUUUUCAAACUCCAGCUUGUUUUACAACUGAAAAAAAAUACAAUGACUGUACUAGUGAUAAAACUGUCAGGAAGACUGUUAAAGAAAAAAUGAAAAGUACUUGCACAUCUACAGAUGCAUUGAACUUACUUGCUGACUUGGCACUCAGUAAUGACAAAGUCCCUCCACAACCAAAUCAGACACUUGAAAGAACGCCUAAGGACAGUGUGAAGAAAUGUGACCUUUCAAAAAGUCUUUCCAGUGCUGAUCAAGAGUCAGUUCUCCACACUCUACUUAGAAAUCCUGCUGCUAGAGCCCUUCAGUCUCUCGAAUCCCCUUCAAAAUGCUCCCUUGUGGCAGAAAAUAAUUUGGUUUCUUUGAUAUCUAAAGAUCAUGCAUACUCACUGCCCCCAUCUUCUCUACUGUUGGAUUUGUCAGGUGCAACCUUCCAGGUACCACCUUUAAGUGGUUCGACCAGACUGCUGAACCAUCACCAGUCAAUGUAUGGCGAUGGAGCUAAAACACUACACCCUUCUGUCAGUACGGGAGACAUAGGUGAACACACCAAGACUCCAGAAAACCUGCAGAAGCACCGGCGAAAGUUAAAACACUCUCGCACCUUUGUAAUGAAGGAGAAAUCCAUUCAAGUCACAAGAAAAUGGGAAGAAAACUACAACUUCAAUCUAGACAGCAGGUUUACUAGUGAUGCAAAGGACAAAGUCAUCAUCCGAGCUUUGCACGGGCCUUGGGAUUUCUCCAUGCAAGACACUGCUGAAGAAGUGCGACUCAUCUUCCACAUGUGGAUAGGUUUGUUUUACAGCCGGUCAACAUCCAGGUUCUUUCAAGUGGAUCCAACUUUGAUGCAGCAAUGUUCAGAGGAGAGUGGAUCUGUGGAUGUGGCCAGUGGAACGUUAUCAGACCGAACGAGGCGUGAGCCUGAGAUCUGUUCAGCUGUGGAUCUUUCAGGUCUAACAGAGACUCCAGACCUAGACGCUUCAAAACUGCUGGACCUCAGCAAAAAAGACAAUGCUGUCUUGGAACCAGAAUCUGGAAUUUUGGAUUUGUCAGUGAAAAACUUUGAUGUUAAAUGGGUUUCAGUGGAGCAACAGCUCAACAAAAAAGUGACUCUUGUGUCCAACAAGCCCUUAAAAGCAUUGAGUGCCCUAAAUCCAGCACCAGGCCUACAGGAGAAAGAAGCAUUUCAGUUCAACAAAGAGAUGGUGCUUUUCAGAGAUAUUUCCAGUGAGGUCAAAGAUGAUAAAAACAUCAAGAGUAAAACAGCUGAAACUGAAGACAAACUAUUACAUUUUGAUCACAAUGAAGCUCCUUCUUCUAAGAGUGACUGGAUAUUUUGUCAAUCAGAGGUGAUGAGGAAUUUACCCCUUGAGCCUCAAUCUGAUGGAGCUGCACUGGGAACUGAACCUGUGCUUCACGAAAGCAGUGAAGACAUCAGCUUCAAGAAAGUUGGCAUUGAAAAUGAAGAGGAUACAGUAAGGACCAUACCCCAGCAAGAUGCAUUAUGCUCACCCACAUCUGUUAUGGACAAGGAGGUAAACAGUGGAGAAGAAUGCAAUGUGAUUCAUACAGGCGUGGGACUACAGGAGAAGGAAAUCUGCCAGGAUGGCAGUAGAGGUCCUUCUCCGGAUAUGACGAACACAUAUUCAACAGGAGUCAAGGAGUCUGUGAACAAAGAAUCUGAUAUUGUUUGUAAUGGAAAUUAUGUACAUGAAAAGCUGCCAGGUGAGGAAAGUCCAGCCUCACUAGACAGGACUGACAAUCGAGAAGGAAAUAUGGACUGUUGUACAACAGCUGCGGUGAAAGAUUUUAAAAAUGAGGAUGUUUGUGUGAAAAAAGAUGGUGAUCAAAACGAAAGCUGGAUUUCUAAUGCUGACAUUGAUGGAGACUUGAGAAAUGAGUCAUUACCCAAACUGUGUGGAGGUCGUGCACAGCAGGGUUACAUUUCAGAGGAUAGUCAAGUAGAUGAACAGCUGUCAUUGUCAGCCAGCAUGGAAGAUUCUUCGCUGGGUGUAAAUCCCAGUGUGUCUAAACAUGAAAGUCCCUCCUUUGAAACUGUUAGCACUCCAUCAGAAAUUGCACCUGAACUUAAAGACACUGCAUCACAGGAAAACUUUGAUAUAAACAAUACAGACUGUCAGAAGGUGGUGUUGCCCAUCUCAUGUGAGAGUAGCUAUGACUCUCCCACAGCUCCAUGUUUUCCUCAGGAAAAGGACAGUGUUGAAUCCCCAAACAAAAUGGAAACAUCAGACCAAAGUUUGGAAUCCAAUUCUGAAUGUGAAGAGAAAAAUCUUGAGCAAACUCUACUAGAAGUACAGGAGUCCCCAUCCAAAUGUGAAGGCAAUAAUGUGUGUGAGGUGGAUGAACAGCUUACUGACAAGACUGAUUCAAAAACUGAUGAAACAAGUAGUUUCAUCAAACUUUUGCAACCUGGGAGCAAAAGUGAUGAAACAAGUAGUUUCAUCAAACUUUUGCAAUCUGGGAGCAAAAGUUUAAAUUUGGUUUUAAAUCCAACACACCCACCCAAAGAUGUGGGUGAGGUACAUGUUGUACCUCCUGAAGACAGGGUAGAAAACGUUGUUCAAGAUCAGGAGCCAAUACCCUUAAUUAGUGACGCUACUAAACCUAUAGCUGCGCUACCUGACCAAAUGUCAGUCGCAUCAAAUAUUAGCACUGAGGGAGAACUAUCCCCUUGCAAAUCAUCACUUCUUGAUGAAACUUACACACCAGAAAUGUUUAGGGAACAAUUUGAUAGCAGGUCCCCAACUCCUACUAUAGACGAAAAACCUUGUGAUUUAAACUUCUGUUCAAGCCCCAGCAGAAGCACCGUUGAUCUCAUUGAUUUUGAAGACGACCAAAAUGUGACUGAAAACUCAACACCUACAGAUGAUCUUCCUUUGGAUAAAAAACUCCAAACUUCUACAGUUAACACUAAUCCAAAUCCCCCUGUUGGCCUUUGUCCUGAUAUCAAAAUAAGAACGCUACGGGUUUUGCGAAGUUUAAACGAAUUCACUGAGAUUCCCAACCACCAGGAGACACUAGCAGACCCAGAUUUUCCUCCCCACAAAUCUUUUGUCUCAGGGGAAGUUUUACAAGAGGAGGAAAAAACUAAUUUAAGUAAUGAAGGCCGUCCAUAUUCUCAGCGUCCAGUCAUGGCAGUAAAGCCAUCUAAAAGCGAGGAAAGUCAGGCGCAUUGGCAGUCAAAAGACAUAGAUCCUAAACCUACCUCCCAGUGUAAAGAAGCUAGUGGCAAUUCUGUCAAAUACUUAUCACCAAAUUCCAUGAUUUGGAAGGAGACAAAGCAGUUUUUUAAAGAAAAGUCUGAUGAAAUUGAUAGUAAUCACAGCGUCUGUGAGCCUUCUUCCAAAACCCGUUGGUUGGCAAACACAAUCUCCAGUGAAUCUGACACAGAGGAGGAGACAGACACAGAUUCCCUAUCAAAUUCUCCUCAUCAGAACUACAGAAGAACCAUGUCAAAGCUCAACCAAGGUUCAUCAUCACCUACAUCAUCUGUGCGAUGCUCUAAAUCUGAGGAAAGUUUCCCUGAAUUGGGGGAUCAAGACCCCAAGUUUAUGGAAUAUACUGCAAAUGGGACAGCUGAGAAUAUAAUCAUACAUAUUACUCAGAGAGACAGCUCAGACAAGUUACUAACUUGUCACAAAUAUGAUGCUAUAAGUGACGAUGGUCGCAUUGCAGGUCCUCAAAGUUCACUCAAGUGCACAGUCUUUAAUUCUGGUCAGAAGAGGCCCUACUCUUUUCUGGAGCAGCUCUCUCAAAGGUGCCUUCAGAAUGACAUCACUCGGGCGUCAAUGGAGCAAGAGUGCCUCAUCUUUUCAGAACAGAUGAAAAAUCUUUUGAAAAGGAGUAAAAAGGAGCCCCUCUCUCAACCGGAUACUCAUAACAGUUCAGCGGCUUGUACCAGUCCUCUGACUAUCAGCUUUUCCAGACUUGAGGAGCAAGAGGAUUCAAUGGAGUUUUUGGACACCCCUCUUGUUAGACAAAAGAUACAGGUGGAUAUGUCUAACAGUAAGGUCCAGACGGCUUUCACAGAGGAACGAAAGGUGAUCCAUGCUCUGUCUCAGGAAAACAGCAACCCAAUGGAGCAACCUGGGAUUUCUGCAAUGACUGCAGAAUGUGCUAGACUCUACAAUGCAAGGAUGCAUGAUGUUUGCUCUGCCAAAAAGGUCCCACCCAGAUCUAAAAGCAGAAAAGGUCAUCAGAGCGACCCGAGAACUGACAAAAGUAACCAUUUUGACUUCUGUGAUCAAAUGAAGAAAGAGCUAGAUGAGACCUUCCGGAGUAAUCUGAAUGCCGUUGUGAAGAAAUCCUGUAAAACAAAGUACAGAUUCUUCAUAUUGGUGACAUCUGAUGACAUCUUCUUCAAAGAAACAAAGGCUCAGCUGGAAACGGAGGGCCACACUGCUGUGCAGCCAUCUGAAUUCUUCCUUGGCGAGGACGGUUCUUCAUCGCUACUCAUUAUCCUCAGAAACGAAGAUAUUGCAGAGCACAUUUGUAAGAUUCCACAUUUGCUCAAGCUCAAGAUGAGUGCAGGUGUGCUGUUUGCUGGAAUCGAUGAACCAGAUGAUGUCAUCAAUCUCACCCACCAAGAGCUGUUCAUCCGGGCUGGCUUUGUAAUGUUUGACAGAGCCGUGCUGGAGCCCCUCAGCGUUGGCAACAUGAAAAAAAUCUCCAAAAUCUUGCAAGAGCUCAGCAAGAUGGGGAAGUGGAAAUGGAUGCUGCACUACAGAGACAGCCGUCGCCUGAAAGAAAACGCAAGGUUGAGUGAAGAAGCAAACGAGAAGAAGCUGUUGAUGUACUGGUGCCAAGAUGCUGAUAUACUGGAUGUCUUGCCUUACCACGAGUGUGACCAGAUGACUAGAGAUCAACCGGAUUAUCUGGCAUGUCUGCUCCGACUGCAAGUCCAACAUGUAUCGUCUCGUUUUCUUGUUUUUGUAACUGAUGCAACGACAGACCGUGCCUUUGAGAGGAACGGGAUUUUGACAAUGACGUUGAACACUUUUCUGACAAAGUCUUCAACAGAAAUAUUCAGAGUUUGACUGAAAAGGGUUGAACUGAUGAUCAGGUUCACUCUCUGAAACAUGAAACAAUCAAAUGCUCUUUGUAUGUGUGAAUUAAAAAGCCACCAGUCAUGGAUAUUUAAAAUGCCUACUACAUGAGUAGCUAAUCUUUCACUAACUUAACUGUUGAGUUUCUUUUUUUUGUAAGUGACAAUUAUCAGUUUAUCUUUCAACAGGCUGUUCCGGUCAUGUUUCUGUAUAGCCUCGGUAAUGAUUCAGUUAUUGGAUAGAUUGGCAGACGCUGGCAGCUGUGCUGUUUGAACGCAGUUUGUAUUGUAAUUUAAUUCAACAUUGUACAUUGUAAUGUAAAUCCACUUACAAAUGAUUUUUAUGUUGUUCAUAUUUGUUCCGACAUACUGACUGUAUAGAUUUUCAACAAAGCAAGAAAGCUACGUUUUGUCCUUUUUUUUUUUAUUAGCAAUACAUAUUUAAAGAUUACACUUGUACAGUAUUUCCUGACUUUAUUUAGAACAAGAACUAAUGUCUAAAGUUUGUAUGUUGGUUUUUUAAGUGUUUAAACCAGUUUAAAAUCCUGUUUUUGUAUCUAGGAGAAUAACUUCUAUUUUCUUAAUGUUCGAUAACUAUUUUUCUUCUAAAUAUAAAUCUGUCUGAAACUUGAAGAGACCAGAUUUUGUCAAGCCGACUCAUUUGAAAUUCAGUUUUAGUUAUGUGCAGGAUCUGGGCUUUACACCCAGUUGUUGCACCUGCGGAAAACUUGAAAGGCACCACACCAAAAGAUAAUGUGGGGUUUCUGCACAGUCUGGAAAUGUGUUUUUCAGCUCCGGAUAAGUUUAUAAAAAUGUAAAGACUAUUUUGAGAAAGAGCUUUCAUUUCCAACUCGUGUCACUUUGCUUGAUUAAAAAUUAUUUCUGAAACAAA